AUGAGGGACUAUUUGGUUAAUAUAAAACCGCAAUAUUUGAGUUGCCUUUGGGACAAAGGUGAUUGGACCCAGGCCCACGGUGAUAGUAAGGCGUCAGCUCGUGGUGCCUAUGUCAUGAAGAGCAUGAAGACAAGUACUCAGCCACCAGAGUACCGGGUUCUGAUUUUGCACGAAAAGGAGCCUUUGUUAAACUUCACUAUGCCGGGCAACCCGAAUGAGAAUGGUUCGACCGAUCCUCCUACCUCACAGGAUGUUAUCGAUGCUGUUACAAUUGAACUCGGUAAGAUCGGCAAGUAG